UCCCUUCAAGCCACGAUGAGCUACGGAUCCGAAGUCUUCUCCUCUUCCUCCUACCGAAGGAUUUUCGGGGAGUCUCCCCGCUAUUCGUCCUCUCCAUCUCGGACAGCCAUGAGCGUGUCCUCGCGGGGAGGUUACCGAGCCUCCUCCGCAUCCCGGAGCCACCUUUCAUCCGGGGGCGCGUACGCCCGAAAAUCGGGACGCUCCUACUCGUCUAUGCCUCUGGAGACCUUCGACCUGGCACAGAGCAGCGUCCUGAACAAUGAGUUCAAAAUUGUCCGUACUAAUGAAAAGGAACAAAUGCAAGGUUUGAAUGACCGCUUCGCCAUGUUCAUUGAGAAAGUUCGCAAUUUGGAGCAGCACAACAAAGUGCUGGAGACCGAGCUGGUGGCCCUGCGUCAGAGGCAGGCGGAACCAUCCCGCCUGGCUGAGCUCUACCAGCAGGAGAUCCGCGAGCUGCGCUCCCAGCUGGAUGAGCUCAACGGGGACAAGUCCCAGCUCCUCAUUGAGAGAGACAGCCUUGACGAUGACCUCCAGAAGCUCAGGGGGAAAUAUGAAGAAGAGUUCCGUGCCCGUGAAGAGGCGGAGGCCACUCUCAAAGCUUUCAAGAAAGACGUGGAGGACGCCACCAUGGUGCGAUUGGACCUGGAGAAGAAGGUGGAAUCUCUUCUUGAUGAAAUCAACUUCCUGAGGAAGGUGCAUGAGGAGGAGGUGGCCGAACUCACGGAUAUGAUCCAGGCUGCUCAAGUGUCUGUGGAGAUGGAGGUCGCCAAGCCAGACCUCACCUCCGCCCUCAAAGAAAUCCGAAGUCAGUACGAGUCGAUGGCGUCCAAGAACCUGCAGUCCGCCGAGGAGUGGUACAAGACCAAGUUCGCCGACCUCUCUGAGCAGGCCACCCGCAGCAACGAUGCUAUCCGGGCCAGCAGGGAGGAAAUGAGCGAGUUUAGGAGGCAGCUGCAGUCCAAGACCAUCGAGAUUGAAAGCUUGAGAGGCACAAAUGAGUCCCUGGAAAAGCAGCUCAGGGAGAUGGAGGACAGGCACAGCGUGGAGAUUGGAAACUACCAGGAUGGCAUAGCAGAGUUGGAGAAUGAGCUGAGGGCCACUAAAAGUGAGAUGGCUCGUCACUUGAGGGAGUACCAAGAUUUGUUGAAUGUCAAAAUGGCUCUCGACAUUGAGAUUGCAGCAUAUAGGAAGCUGCUGGAGGGUGAGGAGACCCGCAUAGGAACAGGGGUCGCCUAUCCCAGCCCAUCCAUAACCUCGGGCGGCGGCCAGAGCUACAACUACCAGUCCCGCAUCUACAGCAGCUCUAGCAAGAGCUCCAAGAGGGAUGGCAAGGAUGAGAGCCAGCCUCAGAGCAAGGCUGGGAGCAAGGUCACCACUGAGGUUUUUGAGGAGACAGUGGUCACCACUAAAAAGGAGGAAAAGCACCAAGAUGCCAGUGAUAGCUCCCCCAACCAGAAAAACUAGGACCCCAUUUUAAGCCUACUAGACCACUAAACCUUAUUUGUUUGGUAACUGCCCUUCUUUGAUCAUUUCCCAUACUAAAACAAACCCAGUCUCUUUACACUUACAACAUCACAGGAACCUAAUGAUGGUAGUUUGCCUUCUCAUAAACAUCUUGUAUUAAUGUGUUGGAUUUGCAAACAGAAGUACAAUUUAAGAUCUAGAGGUUUGUUUUGUUUAUUUCAAUUCCCUUAAAUAACACAAAAUAUAACAUAACAUAACAUCCAAAGGAAAGUGUCUUUCCCCAAAGGAAAAGCAUUGUAACUCCACUAGUGUCAGCACUCCACGACAACACCGUUCAAAAACUCUACUCACGUUCUUUGUUUGUCAUUCUCUCACCAUGAAAAAGAAACCCUUAAAACAGCACAUGCUAGAACUGUGGUGUUUUCCUGUGUACUACUCAACUCUUUGUUCACACUUGCAUCACACGGAUGCACAAAGUAGAUUAUAACUGGUUAAACACAACUCCUCUAAUUCAAAGGAAAAAGUGUGCAACCACUUUGCACACUUGAAGGAUGUUUUGAACACAACACAUGUAUACUCCGUUUAACUUAUAGGAAAACAGAUGAUAGUAAUAAAAGUAGAAAAAUUGUGUUCAUUCAGUAGGAAAAACAAAACAAAACUGAGCUACAAUAAACCAGCCAGCAUGAACAGUAUCUGACUUGCCCAAAAUGAUAAGCUUGUUAUAUUGCUUAAGCAACUCAAAAUUUAAAAAAAAAUCACCUCACAUAAAUAUCCUUUUCAUAUUGGCGCAUCCGUUAUUUAAUGGUGCAUGCAUGAGAGCAGCACAAAAAGUCGGAGGACAGCCUCAAUGGAACACUGCCCUUUCUAAUCCUAUUGAACAAUAACAAUAGUUGUAAAAUUAUAAUGGGAAAAAAAAGGAAAUGUACUUUAGGUGUGCUUAAUUUGCAUGGCGUGUGUACAGUAGAUGUCAACCUGGCAUGGAAUCAGCUCCACUGCUCCUUCAGCACAAUGAUAGAGUUGAGGAGUUUGCCCUUGACUCCCUUCUUCUAUCAGUGACCACGCACAAAAUCGUCAGGCAAAGCAUUCAUCGAUGAUUGUUCUACAAAUGAUUGUUAACUUUGUAGGAUACAGCUUUAUAGAUUAUAAAUCUCCCAAAACACAAUGAAGAUAGGGAUAAAAGAGAGGAGGAUUCAAAAGGAGUCAUUUUUCCUCAUUUAAACAUACACAGGGAAUUGUUUUGUAAAUUAUGUUUAAGCACAAAAAGCUGAUUCUGUCAGAUAUGCCGUAGUGAUUAAAAAAAAUGUGUAGCUGCAUUUCUCAUGUUUCAUUGAUUAUUAAAGCCCAUUUUGAACCCACAAUCCAUGUCACUAAGUCUGAAGACCAAAUCUUGAAACGGGAGUUCUAAUACAGUACAGCCAAUCCAAAAACUCCAGAUUUGACUUGUUUAAAAUGUGACCUCUCUCUUUCAAACUUUGGCCAUGACUGGAUUAAAACUCUGUUGUAGUGUGACCUCACCAAUAGAAACCUGUUAGAGUGAGCUACUUGUAGCCCACUAAUUUUUGCCUGCUUACUGCCAGCUUAAUCACAGCAAUGUUUUUUAUUGUGCAGCCACUGCCCUGACAAGAUGCAAGAAUGUUCUGGAUUGGCUUUCAUUCGUGGCUUGGGAACAAAUAAUAUGUUAGUACUGUAGUGAGCGUGUGUUUGUAUUGCUAUGCAGUGGCCAAUCCUAAAAGGACUUCGGAAGAAAAUUUUAACUAGCACAUAUACACCGUUUGUAUGCUGCAUUCCAUAGUAACAAACUUUUAUAACCACACAGCAAACCAAAUAAACUUUCAAAGGUUGUCCCACCACUGUUACACUUUGAGAAAAAACACACGUGCAGGACCAGGUCAUGGCAUGACAUUACAGUGUGUCAAAAAUGUCUAAUGCAAGGAUCAAUUGUCUGCCACAGAAUAAAUGCUGUAGGAUAUAAAAUGCCUUAAAACACCAGCAGCUUUGUUUGCUCGUGGUGCGGAUGAUUCUGUCCAGUUGGGUGUUUGCUCAUUAUUUGUAUUUCUAUAGCACUACCAUGACAAUACAUGAUAAGCUUAGAGAUUGAAUGUAGUUGAUAUGUUACUCGCGUUAGUAUUUCAACUUGCUAUGUAUUGCUGUGAGACACUGUAUCAAUAAAGAUUUGACCUUACUGA